UACGGUAUAUUUUACGAAGGAGACACAAACACGGACGAUAUAUUUUGUUGAUAGAUACACUGUCACACUGACAACUGACAUUAACGGAAAGCGGCAGAAUUGUGUGAAGAAAAAUUACGAAAGCCAGGUGGCUUGGACGAUCAAAAUGAACGAAAUUAUACAAGAUAAGUUUAUCCCGCAGCAAUUGCUGUACUUUGUGGCUGGUCGGCGAUGCUGCCAACAAUUCCCAUGCACAUUUCGAUCGUCAGAUCACGAGAUUUUCAUGCGAUACGCUGGCUCCUUGGGCUUGCGUACGCAAUGCGUGUUUAGUAAUGGCGAAAUUAUCAAAGUAUUCAAGCAGGCGUGCCGCCAUUAUCUGGAGGAGCCCAAAAUAUUGACAUUCUCGCCAUCGACGGCAAUAAACAUUCUGACUAUGUUGGGGCGAACAACCAAUUUGGGAAAGGACGAACUCAAAUUGAGCUCAGAUUUCAUACCACAGCGUGCGUGUGUUGCCGAAAUUUUGCCGCCUCAUCUACCAUUUCCGACGAUCAAGCCGCCUGCGCCGCGCGUUAAGGACGAUACACAACGUAAUUUGCUGAAAAAGUUUCCUGGUUUUCCUUUCAUCGACAACGUCUUACAGACGCUGUAUAAACAGCGGGUCGUGGUGUUCAGUGCAGAUCUCUCGUGGGAAAAAUCGGUGUAUAUGCCACUAAUAAUUUUUGAAGACUGCGAGUCUAAGAAAACAAAUGCGAAAAUCAUUUGCAUUGAGAAGGAAAACGUUUUGGCACUGCACAAUAGCAAGCGCCUGGCACAUUACUUCGCCGAGGAUGUGGGUGAGACUGUGGGAAUUCAAUUGCCGCACAGCAGCAACAUCAGCUCGGGAACGCACAUAAUAUGCUCCACGGCGCAGUACGUGUUGCGCUCGCUGACAAGCCAGAAAUGCAUAAACAUCAGCCACUUCAUUGUAAACGAUGUGCACCAGCAUGAUCCCUAUAUCGACGUGUUGCUGAGUGAACUGCGCAAUGCACUGACCAAGCACCAAAACCUAAGAGUCGUUCUGUUGUGCCAAAUGGCCGACGCAAAGAAGUUUACCGACUUUUUUGAAGAGGGCACCGAACUGAUGCCGAAAGAAGGAGCCCCAAAAACGGCGCCCCGCAUUUCGUAUUUGGGUGACAUUCACAGCCGCAUUUCAGUGGCAGGCAUUCACAAAGGACAGGAUAUUUACAAGGAGACUCCAGAGGUGUACAGAACAAAAACGCCCAGAAAUGAGCAAAUGGAUAAAUGUUUGGAGGCCUACGAGGAGUUCGGCACUGAUCUUUCCAUUCGGCCAUUCCUGUAUGCCGUCAACUACGACUUGGUUCCGGUCAACUAUCGCCACUCGACCAGUGGCAAGACUGCUGUCCUAAUUGCGUCUCAGCGCAACAAUGCAAGCCACCUGCGCGUCUUGUUGUAUAUGGGUGCCGAUCCAUACGUUGUGGAUGAGCAGCAUCAGAAUGCCAUCACAGUGGCCGCAUUAAUGGAAAACAAUGAGUGCAUCGACGUCUUAAACAAUUUCAGCCUGCGUGGCAAUGCAAUCAAAAGCGCCAAGCCCGACUUUGUUGACUACGAUCUGAUAAUUGAUUUGUUUUACUUGUUGCGCACCAAGCCGGAAUAUCCCUCAGGAAACAUUUUGGUCAUUUUGCCCACCUACUAUCAUAUUGUUAAGCUGAACUAUAUGCUGCUCAGUCAUUGCAUGAGCGGCAAACUGCAGGAAUUCUCAAUAUUCUUGCUGCACGAGAAUAUGGGCGGGGAAUACAUUGACGCUUUGGUUAAUGCUCGCAACGACACUGACAAGGUGGUGCUGACCACUGAUAUAAUUGAAUCGUUGCCUCUUCAGGUGCCGUUCAAGUACCUAAUCGACACUGCCUGCAAACAGUAUUCCAUUUACAAUUGCAGCAGCUACUGUUCUGAGCACCGAUACGAAUGGGUGGCCAAAGACUGUCUCUUGAGAAGGGAAUCCAUCGUCGAUGGAGCUGCUUCUGAUACGCAAUGCUUUCGAUUGUUAUCCAAAAGCACGUACAAUAUGCUGAGUGAAAAUAGCACACCCCUGCUUCAAAGAAUACAGCUGGACAAGAUCUGUUUGACGGUAAAGGCAUUGUCGCCGAACAAGAUUAUCAGUGAAUACCUAGGCUAUACCAUUGCGCCACCGCCACUUAUUAAUGUGCACCAUGCCGUGCAGUUCCUGAAAAAAAUUGAGGCCCUGAACGAGGUGGAAGAUCUCACUUGGCUGGGCUGCCGACUUCUGGACAUACCAGUGCCUUGCCAGCUUGGACGGAUGUUAAUCUAUGGCAUUCUUCUUCAAUGCCUGGAUCCAAUACUGACUAUAGUGACCUCGCUGUCGACGACGGAUCCGUUGAGUAUUCCCUUUACUGAGGACAUUGACAGCCUGUGGGAUCGAUUCACGAUUUAUAUUCAGAAUCUCAUCAAGAAUGAACGUGGUCGCCUGGCAGAUAAUCAGUUUUCGGACCACUUUAUAUUCCUGCGACUGUUUCAGGAGUGGCAGAAUCGGCAGAAGAGCAAAAUGCCAAUACUGUAUUUCACCAAUGAAUACGACUUUAUUCUGAAUGGACUGAUGGAGCAGUUGAGCUUCAUCCGGUCCUAUAUUGUGUGCUCCCUGCGAGCUGCACACUUGAUUCAUUUCCGUGGCAUGCUAAGCAUGCAGAGUCUCAAUUUGUUGUCGGGAAAUUGGCACGUGGUAAAGGCAGCCCUAGCAGGCGGCAUGUAUCCAAAUAUCUGUGUUCUGGAUGUUGGAAAAUCGUGUCUCAAGUCGGCCUAUUCAGAGAAAGUGCACCUGCAUCCAAACACAGUGCUGCGUGACUUUCUAGAGCCAUUCAGCAGCUCAGCUCUUAAUUUCCGCAGCCCCUGGGUUGUCUGCACUAAGCAGAAGAACUAUAUUUUAUACGCCACUAUGGUACUUCCCCUAGCAGUGGCUAUGUUUGCUGGUCCCAGCCGAAUAAGAUCUUCGCAGAUAAGCGUCAGCCAAAAUGAUAACGUUAAUGUCUAUUUCGAUGAAUGGAUCUGGAUGGUUAUGCCAAAAACUGUAGCCGAGCUGGUAAUGAAAGCGCGUCAGUGUUUCUUCAAUGGAUACCACGAAUUUUUAAAGCACUGCAGCGAUCAGGACAGAUGGAACGCCGACGCUGUCACUAUGGCCAACCAGGUCUUGCUCAAUGAAACAUUAGCCAAAGUAUUUGAAAACGAAGAUGUGUCUGUGGGUUUCUCAAAGACUCCGUCCAUUUAUUAUCGGCCAAUUGUAAAGCUGCCAACGACUUACCUGCUGACCGUAAAUCGUCACUUUAGCUGGAAUCAGGAAAUAGAAGAUAGCAAAGAGGAUCUGGUCAAACGGACAUCACCACAUUUUGAUAUCAAUUCGCACUUUGUGGAGCGACAGUUCUUUGUGCUGCACACCAAAGAAUCCUGUGACGAUUUCUACAAGACCACCAACACUCCCUUCAUUGAAUCGGUACUGGGAAAGUUUGCCAGACCCAUCGAGUCGCCCAAUCGACAUAUUUUCGUGAUUUUAUACAAAAAGAAUGAGGAUGAAAUGUUAAGCAUCAGCCGUGCUAAAACAAUUAACGGAGAAUUUACAUUGAAGGAAUACUUUCGAAAUGUUAUUCCAGUGUAUGAAAUCAUCGAUGCUUGCCGAUCGUUGAGUGUUAGCAUGCCCAACUUUGAUGGCCGUUUAAUGUCCAGCCUAAUUGAUAAAAGAGUUGGAAACUUAAUUAUGGACUUGUUCGCUUUUCGCAAUCAUUGGAUUCAUAAGCGAUAAAUUUAUCCUGAUCUUUGUUCCUUAUGGGCGGACGUGCGUACUGCCGAGCCUCACAAUCAAAAAUAUCAUUUAAUGUUGUACUCCUUCUGUUGAACUUUAAGAAAGUUGGACGUGUUAUUGUUUUUGAGUUAAUUCCAUUGAAUUGUUUUCUUAUGAAAUACUUUGUAUGUACCGUAUAUUGAAUCAGUGAUCAUCGACUGCUAACGAAAGUAAAGUCGUAUGGAAUAAAGAGAUCCUGCAGAAUC